AUGUUGCCGCUGCUUUAUCACAAAAAGGGCACACAGAGAUUCAAUGUUACCAAGCGGCUUGGCACAUUCCUUGUUGUCUCAAACGUCGUUUCCAUCGUUCUCCUGGCGGCAAGCAUCUCGGCAUUAUCGUUCCUCUGGUUCGGGGGAGAUACUAACGUCUCCUGGCGCCGGGUCAUGAUACAUGGCUGGGUGAAUCAGGUAAUUACUCUCUGCACACUCGCUAUCCGUUUGGCCAUGUCAACCCAGGCCAGCACUGCAAUAAUGAUGCUUGCAGCUAUUUCUCUUGAGUCCAUGGCCCAGGGAGGCGUUUCGCUUGAUCAAACUCCUGCUUUGUCGCUCGCACGAGCCGUAAACACCGGACCUAUAACUUCUCUUUUGCCCUUCUGGCGCAACCUUCAGCGGAAGAGGAACAUGAUGGUGCUUAUCGCCGUCAACUUCCUAGCAUGCACAUCCUUGCUGUCACAGUUUACCUCGACCUUGCUGCUUUGGGAUGUCCGUCCUGGUCCCGUUCUCGGCUUUCCUACGAAAACUAAAGCUAUGAUUGGGUACCGCAUGGAGGAUUACACUCGGGGUCUUUUCAAGUCCAUCCUGAGUAAGACUCCAUAUUAUUGGAAAGCAUCAUCGCCGAACUAUCCUACUUUCGCUGAAUGGAACAGCAAACCCAAAGAUCUUCCAGAAUCCGUUGUGGAUACGGGACCGACGGUUCGCGCACUGUUGCCAUUAUCUUCAGGAGAAGACCGCUCUAAGCUCUCUCAAUACACUGGACCUGCCUCUCUGUUUGAUGCUCGAGUUGUCUGCGCAAGACCGCCGAUUGUCGUUAAUGAGACUUGGACAUUCAAUGAGACUUGGACAAAUAUACUAUAUUGGGGCAGCUUUUCUCCAGCAUAUCUCGAAGACGAUCUUAAAGAUACCUUUCCCUUCCCUGCAGCAGACACAGAGGUUGCCCGAUACAAGCCAGACCUCAUUUUGAAAGACAAAAAAUCUUUUUUAACUGACCAAACAACUUCUUCUUUCCGGAUAUUCAGCAUUCCUGACACCGGACUCAUCAGUUCGAUUGACCCAAUACAAGAUGGCACGUUGCAGAACUUCAGUAGUUAUAAGUCUCCUGUCAAUAAGUUGUAUCAAAACUUCACUGAACAUGAGUCUUAUUUCGAUGGGUGGAAAGCAAUGGAUAAUAAGAAUGUGGAGUGGAAUGUUGAAACAGGAUGGGCUUACUUCCUUGUCAAGUCUAGUCCCCCUAAUUUAACGCAUUGGGAUCGCGAAGAGCAUCCUAAUCGUACUGUGGGGAAUAAGGGGCCGUGGGCCGAGUAUUUAAUACCAACGAGCAACGGUACACUUCCAGUAAGCGUAACAAUGUGCUACGACGCAUUGCUUCAUGGUCUCCAAAACACGACUAUCUUUUCAAAGACGGUUAGUAGCCUGGAUAAUGCAAUAUAUGUUAAUGUCGCUAAGGUAUCAACAGAUCAAAACAUUCAGACUCGCUGGCCAUUGAACAUGUCUUUUAAUCCUCCUCAAAGUCAAAGUUAUAACAACAGCGAGACCCAAGAGCAAUUCUGGACUAAUUACUCCACAAACGAAACAGCUGAUUUCCUCAGCUCUACAUUAAAUCCUGUUCUAAACAGCUUAUUCUUAGAUAUAAUGGAAGAGACGGAAAAUCCAGCACUGGCUUUACAAGCGCUCCUUACGUCUGUGAUACGGACAGCCUACUACGACCUUCUUCCCACCUUCAACGCCGAGGAAAUCAUCGAAACAACAUCAUUCGAGCCAUGUCAGGUGCCACAGCACACCAAGGGAUUUACCAUAGUCGCAGUGAACAUUGUGCUUCAUCUGGCUCUUUUUAUUACUACCGCCAUCUGGUUCGCUUCCACUACCCGCUAUUCACUGUUGAACAACGUCUGGCAGGCCGUAGCCCAGCUCAAGGCGCCGGAGACAGAGGAACUGCUGAAGGAAAGCUCAAUGGUGGACGACAAGACUGUGAGAGCACAUGUCAAUCAGUUAGAGCUGCGAAGGAGGUUUUUUGUUCAGAAACGGGACGAUGAAGAGAGAGUCUGUUUGUCAUGAUGAUGGAAAACGAGAUGUCUUUACCUAGAUGCCUAUAUCGAAGCGCAGAUCAGAAUGGUUUUCGAAGACGACUGUAACAACUAUUCAGGGAACUGGACCUAGUCAUCAGGAUAAGGAAGAUGCCGUACAAUUGCGG